UUCAGCAACCACAAACAGGAAGAAAACAUACAGCUGUUAUCUAAGCAGGGAGGGCUUUGGCUAGCUUAGCAGUCUGCGUAGCAUUGUCACAGUGAUGAAACGGCAUUGAGAGUCGGGAACAAACUGGUGUUUGGUCAUGCUGUGUCCGGAGUAGCGGCCGUAUCAAUAGAUACCAAGAAUACCAUCCUCCUCGACUUUCCUCCGGUCCGGCUGUUGAAACGAGGUGUGAAUGAGUGACAGGGUGUCUCCCACAGCUCUCAGUGAAGUCCAGCUCCGCUUCCUCUGCCACGAUGACAUAGACAAUGUCAAGCUGCUCUGUGGUGAUUGGUUCCCAAUCGAGUACCCAGACUCAUGGUAUCAGGACAUCACCUCCAACAAGAAGUUCUUCUCCCUCGCUGCCACCUUCAGCGGAGGCAUCGUGGGAAUGAUUGUAGCCGAGAUCAAAGGCCGGACCAAAGUACACAAAGAGGAUGGAGACAUCCUGGCCUCCAGCUUCCCUGUGGACACCCAAGUAGCCUACAUCCUGAGCCUCGGAGUGGUCAAGGAGUUCAGGAAACACGGCAUCGGCUCCCUGCUGCUGGACAGUCUGAAGGAGCACAUCUCAACCACGGCCCAGGACCACUGCAAGGCGAUCUACCUGCACGUCCUCACCACCAACAACACUGCCAUCUACUUCUACGAGAACAGGGACUUCAGGCAGCACCACUACCUGCCGUACUACUACUCCAUACGAGGCGUCCUCAAAGAUGGCUUCACAUACGUGCUCUACAUCAACGGGGGACAUCCGCCCUGGACCAUAUUUGACUACAUCCAGCACAUCGGCUCCGCCCUGGCCAGCCUGAGCCCCUGCUCCAUCCCUCAGAGGCUGUACCGGCAGGCCCAGUCCCUGCUGCGCUCUCUGCUGCCCUGGUCCAACAUCGCCUCCAAGACCGGCAUCCAGUACAGCAGAACAAUGUGACGGCCACAUGGUGGGUGGCAGGAGCAGACUUUCGUAAAGAAGUGCAACAGUUUCACCAUCAGUCUUCCCCUGUGCACACCCAGAUGUACUCUCACACCCUCUUCACGGCGUUCCACACCCUGUGUCUGUCACAGGACUGGGGUUCAGCCUGCGUUGGACCGCCCACAUAAUACAUUGUUAUUCCCAGUUUCCAGUGAGCGUUCGGCUACGUUCCCACGAGUUUUCAGAGGCUCCGCUAAAUAGGAUUAUUUUACACUGACCGAUUUAGUCAAACUAUGGGAUCUCUUUGAGUGAUUCAAUACUACCCCGUAUAUACUACGACACUACCCCUUUGUUACUAAAGUGACCUGCACACGUGUGUACGCCAAAGCAGAGCGUGUCGGACUCGCUCUCCCCGGACGGUGGAAUAAACCACAUGCGGCAAACACGGGUCGUGGUUUGGUGUGAAAAGGGUGUAACCGACACACACACACACACACACACACACACACACACACACACACACACACACACAGGGAACCCGACAGAGACUAAAGGAUCGACCCUGCCUAUCAUUCUGCCUCCUCCCCUCCUGUCCAUCACUGUCACAGAGACGAUGUACACUGUUUGUAUAUUAUAUAUACUGAGCUAAUAUAUAUAUAAAUGUAUCUCUAUGUAUGUCUGUUCUAUGCUGUCGGUAGGCCUAGUUCAAAGAUAACCCCCCCUCACCCCUUUUUUGAGUAGAGACUCGAGAACACGUUGAAUUGAAUUGUUACUUGAAUCUAGCUACACUAGAGGGAUCGAAUAAAGCUAACUAUACACAGGAAAGUUGGGGACACUGUAGAUAAGGUGAUCUAUAUUUGCUCACGACUUCAAAAAGCAUUUCCCGUCUGUACCCGAGACAUCGCCAGAGAAACAAAUGAACAUGUAGCAUCUGUCUAUUAUUAACUGCAGGGCCAAGUGUACACAUACACCUCACACACCACGCAGUCCUGUGUGAAAGUCUGCAUUAAGACGCCAGCGCCUUUUCAUUGUUUCCAGGUGUUGCCUGUGCAUAGUUGAUGCAGCAGUGUGGGCUGGUUGCUGAGUCCUUAUUUCAGAGGUUUUAAAUGGCUGCAGCCCUUAUCCGUCUGCCCCAGGGCUGUAAGAUUGCUGCUAAUGUAAAGAAAUGGUCACAUUUGUUUGGCCCGAUUUUUAAAAUACGGCCAUAAUCAGAUUUUUUUUGUGGGCCUGUAGUGGAGAUGAGAGCAGUUAAGUAAUGUUUCCCCAACACACACAUCGCACACCUCGCACACAUGCAGGUGUGUGAAUACGGGAUGCAUCCGGGGUCUGACUCUAGAACCCGACAUGUUGACUGUAUGUCAGUGAGUCGCUGGGUGGUUCCUCAAUACCAUCGCAACGCGUCGCACCGGAUCCGACGUACAGGUCAGCGAGCAAAUCCAUUUGAUACGGGACACAGCACUGAAAAGGGUAAAGGUGUCCGUGUAAAGAAAUGGUUGAAGGAGUCAACCAGCCUUUGGGAGGAAACUCAAAAGUACAUUUCAGACAUUGUGUAUGCAAUAAAUUUAUUUCAUUUGAUUUCAUUUCGGUGUGACUUUUCCU